GGGGUUCCGGAGCAGCUUUUGUUUCCGAGCCGUUGUCUCAACUUCAGCAGUUCCAUCUCCUGGAGAUACCAGUGGUCUCAGUAGCAGUCUCUGUCACGCUGUGACCUGCAGGUACUGGGAGAUCUGUAGGGAGGACACCGGGACAUCUCUGAAGCUGGGAAAUGAAGGAGCAGUUGGGAACUUCAGUAUUUAAACAUGAGAAGGCAUACAGAAGAACUAGGGCAAUGGAUACUGAGAGCCUCAAGCUGUCACCCUCUGUAGAUGUGGCAUCACAGCUCACAGCAACCUCCAACUCCUGGGCUCAAGCGAUUCUCUUGCCUCCACCUCCCAAGUAGCUGGGACUACAGGCGCCCACCACAACUCCUGGCUAUUUUUUUGUUGCAGCUGUCGUUGUUUGGUGGGCCCAGGCUGUAUUUGAACCCGCCAGCUCUGGUGAAUUGUUGACAUUCAGAGAUGUGUCUAUAGAAUUCUCUAUGGAUGAGUGGGACUGCCUGGACCCUGCUCAGCAGAAUUUGUAUCGGGAUGUCAUGUUAGAGACCUACAGUCACCUGGUCUUCCUUGGGCUUGCUCUCUCUAAGCCAGAGCUCAUCACAUGUCUGGAGCAAAGGAAAGAACCCUGGAAGGUGAAGAUUCACCAGACAGUGGUCAAGCACCCAGUCAUAUUUAAUCAUUCUACGCAGAGCAAUUUGCAAGUUCUGGACAUGAAUAUGUUAUUACCAGAGAUAAUCCAAAGAAGAUACAAAAAUGAUACCCGUGAAAAUUUAAACUCAAUAAAAGACUGGGAUAGGGUGUGUAAGUAUAAGCAGCAGAAAGUAUGUUACAAUGGACUAGAUGAAUGUUUAACAGCUAUGCAUGGUAAAAUCUACCAAUGGAGUAAAUGUUUCAAAGUUUUCAGAAAAUUAUCAAAUGUAAAUAGACAUCAGAUGAUAUAUAUCGGGGAAAUAACAUUUGAGUGUAAAAAAUAUAGGAAAGCCUUAAAUCUAUGCUCAAACUUUGAUAAACGUAAGAUAACCCAUUUUGUGGAAAAGCAGUGUAAAUGUAAAGAAUGUUGCAAAGUCUUUACAUCUUGCUCAAGACUGUCUAAGCACAGGGAAAUUCAUACUGCAAUGAAAAUCUCCCAUUGUGAGAAUGAUGACAAGUGUCUUAGCCACAGCUCAAGAUAUUCUAACUGUGAGACAAUUUAUAAUGUAGAGAAACCUUACACAUGUAAAGAAUGUGGCAAAACCAACAAUUACUCAAUCCUUUCUGUACAUCAAACAACUGAUUCUGGAGAAAAAUCCUACAAAUGUGAAAAAUGUGGAAAAGCCUUUAACAAUUCCUCAACUCGUUCUGUACAUAAAAGAAUUCAUUCUGGAGAGAAACCCUAUAAAUGUGUAGAAUGUGGAAAAACUUUUAACCAGUACUCAACCCUUUCUGUACAUAAAAGAAUUCAUUCUGGGGAGAAACCCUACAAAUGUGAAGAAUGUGGAAAAGCCUUUAAACAUUCCUCAACCCUUUCUGUACAUCAAAGAAUUCAUUCCGGAGAGAAACCCUACAAAUGUCAAGAAUGUGGCAAAGCCUUUAACCAGUACUCACACCUUUCUGUACAUAAAAGAAUUCAUUCUGGAGAGAAACCCUACAAAUGUGAAGAAUGUGGAAAAGCCUUUAAAGAUUCCUCAACUCUUUCUGUACAUAAAAGAAUUCAUUCUGGAGAGAAACCCUACAAAUGUCAAGAAUGUGGCAAAGCCUUUAACCAGUACUCAUACCUUUCUGUACAUAAAAGAAUUCAUUCUGGAGAGAAACCCUACAAAUGUGAAGAAUGUGGUAAAGCCUUUAACCGGUACUCACACUUUUCUGUACAUAAAAGUAUUCAUUCUGGAGAGAAAACCUACAAAUGUGAAGAAUGUGGAAAAGCCUUUAACCGGUACUCAACCCUUUCUGUACAUAAAAGAAUUCAUUCUGGAGAGAAACCCUACAAAUGUCAAGAAUGUGGCAAAGCCUUUAAAGAUUCCUCAAACCUUUCUGUACAUAAAAGAAUUCAUUCUGGAGAGAAACCCUACAAAUGUCAAGAAUGUGGCAAAGCCUUUAAAGAUUCCUCAACCCUUUCUGUACAUAAAAGAAUUCAUUCUGGAGAGAAACCCUACAAAUGUGAACAAUGUGGAAAAGCCUUUAACCGGUACUCACACCUUUCUGUACAUAAAAAAAUUCAUUCUGGAGAGAAACCCUACAAAUGUGAAGAAUGUGGAAAAGCCUUUAACCAGUACUCAUACAUUUCUGUACAUAAGAGAAUUCAUUCUGGAAAGAAACCCUGCAAAUGUGAAGAAUGUGGAAAAGCCUUUAACCGGUACUCAACCCUUUCUGUACACAAAAGAAUUCAUUCUGGGGAGAAACCCUACAAAUGUGAAGAAUGUGGCAAAGCCUUUAAAAAUUCCUCAUACCUCUCUGUACAUAAAAGAAUUCAUUCUGGAGAGAAACCGUACAAAUGUCAAGAAUGUGGCAAAGCGUUUAACGAUUCCUCAAACCUUUCUGUACAUAAAAGAAUUCAUUCUAGAGAGAAACUCUACAAAUGUGAAGAAUGUGGCAAAGCCUUUAAACAGUACUCACACCUUUCUGUACAUAAAAAAAUUCAUUCUGGAGAGAAACAUUACAAAUAUGAAUAGUUUGACCCCCUUUAACUCUGGGUCAAACCAGGCUGUGUAUUAAAAAAACAUGUGAUAGCAUGGAAACUCUAGAAAUAUGAAGAAUAUGGCAGUACCUUACUUGGUGUUCAUAACUUACUAAGCUUAUAAGAAUUUACACGGGGAAGGGGGGCGGUGCCUGUGGCUCACUCGGUAAGGUGCCGGCCCCAUAUAUGGAGAGUGGCGGGUUCAAACCCGGCCCCGCCAAAACUGCAACCAAAAAAUAGCUGGGCGUUGUGGUGGGCGCCUGUAGUCCCAGCUACUCGGGAGGCUGAGGCAAGAGAAUCGCUUAAGCCCAGGAGUUGGAGGUUGCUGUGAGCUGUGUGAGGCCACGGCACUCUACUGAGGGCCAUGAAGAGAGACUCUGUCUCUACAAAAAAAAAAAAAAGAAUUUACACUGGAGAGAAAUCCUACAACUGUGAGUGGUGUGGCGAUGCACUUAACCAGAGCUCAAACUUUACUACACGUAAGAAAAUUCAUAUUGGAGAGAAAUCUUACAAAUGAGAAUAAAUGGCUAAGGUUUUAACUGAUUCUUAGCCCUUAGUAAAAAUAAGAGAAAUCAUGUCGGAGAAAAAAAUUACAAUAUGAAGGUGUGUGGAAGCUUUAUGCCAGUAAUCAUAGUUUUCUAUACACAGUAGAAUUCAUGUUGAACAGAAAGGUUGUGAAUGUGAAGAAUGUGACAAGUGUUUAACUUCUGCUCAAACGAUUCUCUAUGAAAUUUAUGACGGAAAACCCCUACAACUGUGAAGACAGUGUCGAAUCUUAUAAACAGUAUUCACACAUUUCAGUACAUAACAAAAUUCAUAGAGAUAUUCUACAUAUGUGAAGAAUAUGACAAUGUCUUUAAAUACUUCUCAUACUUUUCUAAUCAUAAUUCAUACGGAAGAAAUACUCUACAAAUGUCAAUGAUGUCUUAAAGUUGUGCUUAUCCUGUUCACUAGGGCUAAAAAGAGAUAGGGGCAGUUGAUUCUAGGGCAUCCUUUGUCCAUAAUAAGUAGGAACAAAGUUACCAGAGGGGGCUGCCAGGAAAGAAAUGAAUUUCAGGAAGGCUUUAAAAAACUGAACUGAUGUUUGCUUUACAAAACUGUCUCUCAGAGGUAGAGAGGUCCCGGUGUGGAGAUAUGGCCAAGGCCACAAAAAGGGGUUUUUGCAGCAUCCAUACAAGUAAGGUGACAGUAGCCACAAGGGACCCAUUUUCAUAAACACAGUAAAAUUUUCACCACUUUUAUCACAGUUUACAAAUACUAUGACAAUUUAUGGAAAUUGCUUUCCAGAGAUAAAAAUGGGAGGACUCUCCAUUCAGGAAUUUUUCCCCCUUUCUACUAAAAAUAGUAAAUAUAUUACCCCCCUCCCCCCACCACUUAAUGUAGAUUUGGAAAAUUGUCAUGAACGGGAAAAAUCUCACUAACCCAGGGUGUUCUCCACUUGAUAAGGUAGAUGUCUUCCUUCUGUGGAGUGUACUGUGCUUUAAUAAACUUUGACAUUUUGCUCACUUGUAUCUACUUGUUCUGCUCAUUUGUUCCACUGUCUUGUUACCAGCAACUAUGCCUUGUCACCUGGAACCAAAAACCAGAGAACAGACACUUGACAUCUGUUCCCCAUAUGUGACAUUUUAGUGCCAAAAUCUUGGAGGAAAGUGUACAUUUUCAUCAAGAUAAGGUAAUGUAUUAUUAGACAUUCUGAAUUCACGCUGCCUGAUGCACAUUACUUAUUAUACUUACAGCUCUCACUCUCUUUGCUUUCCAGGUAAUGUAGCUCUUUACCUACCCCUGCUUCAUUUCCCUUUUUUUUUUUUUUCCCAUUUCCACAAUGCACAUCAUCCUCCAGUUGGGCCUAAUAUUCAAAAGCAUAAAAAGGGACCUCUGGCUCCACAAGCAGAACAUUAAAGUAGGUUUUUAAGGUCUUGAUACGGAGAAUUGGGAUGAAGAGACAGCAAGAGAAAACCAGGCCAGCAUCAGUCCCCAAGAGCAGUAGGAAUCUUUUGAAAUGGUUGCUACCACUAGGGAAGAAGGUUGUCAGGAACAGAGUUACUCUAGGGUCAGGCAAGAAGCUACCAGGCCAGAGCCCUUCCCUACCAUGACUAUGGGUUCCUGGAGUCAGGAAUGGCUCAGGAAGCAGCCUCUGCUGGGCCCAUCCCCUCACUACUAGAGAGAUGCCCUGGAAGUGACAUUUCCCUCUCCUGGAGAUGGAGGAUCACACUCACCUUCCAGACACUGUGAAAUUCCUGAACCAGCUCUGACUCUGGAACUCUUUUAGUUUGGUGGACACGCUCCAGCUUCAGAACAAGGUUCACUUCAGAUGGCGGGAAGGCUGGUUGUUGGGUAGCUGUCUCUGUCACAACAAACAAACUGAUGUUCAUAGUGUUAGAGCCACCCCACUGUUCUCCCCAAAUAUUCAGGGCCUCUGUUUCGCUCUCUUAUAUCUUUCUUAAAAAUGGAAGGUAAAAUACAAUCCUACAGGGUACUCUAAAGUCCCUCUGCUCCCUGGUUGAUGAUGCCUUGUUUAUUUUUUUUAGUGCUUUCCAGCUGGUCUACCCCAUCGUUUGAUGAAGUCUGAACUUUAAGCUAGAGACCUAAAUCCUGUAAAACCACGCUCCCAGGCCUUUAAAUAGAAAAGACUUAAAUGGAAUCGCAUUUCCAUUCAAAAUAGGAAAAAAACUUAAAGUAAGAAGGAACCAGUAUGUAGAAGAAACUCAUAAAUAUGAAGAAACAUGGGUGGCAAGUGACACUAAAAGGAAAGAGAAUGAUUUUGUGUAGGACAACACCUGAUAACAAUAUUUCUCCUAAAAUAAGUGAUGAUUUAAGAAGAAAAUAUUGUUUUUUGUUUUUUUUUUUGAGACAGUCUGAACCUAUCACCCUGUGUAGAGUGCUGUGACAUCACUGCUCACUGCAAUCUUAAAUUUUUGGGCUUGAGCAAUUCUCUUGCCUCAGCCUCCCAAGUAGCUGGGACUAAGGCGCCCAUCACAACAUCCAGAAUUUUUUUGGUUAUAGUUGUUGUUUGGUGGGCCCGGGUAGGAUCCAAACCUGCCAGCUCCGGUGUAUGUGGCUGGUGCCUUAGCCGCUUGACCUACAGGUGCUGACCCAAGAAGAAAAUAUUCUGACAAACAUAGGGCUUCAGCACGUCAAAAAUGGUCUAUGUAAUAACAUAUGUAAAGGUAAAUUUAUAAAAAAUUUUGUAUGUGAACAGGUUGGCCUAACUGAAAAGCAAAUUGCCAAGUAAGUGUUAGUUUUGUUUAGAGAAUUUGUUUAAAAUCUCAUCAGAUUACUGUGUAUUUGCUGAAAGCGACAAACAUCAAUUAUUCAGCAUCAAUCUGCCACAAUAGUGUUAAAUCUGCUGCUCUGUAUUUUCUUCUGCCUGCCUGAAGCCAUAUUUCCUUAGGUAUGGGUUUUGAGAUCACUACUCAAGGUUAUGAGUUACUCCUUUGAAAAUGAAGCAAAGGAGAUCAGGAGCCAACUUUAUCCUUUAAAACACUAGCCUCUUUUUCUUACUGCCUGACAUAUUCACUCCUUCCUCUGUGUCUUUAAUUCACUCCACACACAUCCUGGCUUUUUGUUGCUAAGAUAAGAUGACAGACUAUGUAUCUGUGACUGCUGCCACCCUUGAAUAACAUAUUUUUUCUUUCACAAGAAAUGGCCAAACUGGACCAUUUCUGGUUGUGGUACAAACUGGAGACUACCUGCUCUCCUUGUUGUCCUUUAUGAGUUGUGACUUUCUCAAUCAAGUAAAGUGUUUCAAAUGGAUAUUUCCCCUGCUGGAUCAGUGGUGUCUCUUUUAUAAACCUGUGGCCUUCAUGUGCUCUUGGCUUAAAGCUCUAGUUAGCCACCCCUUAAUUGGAGGCAAAUGGUCUGUUUUAAACCUCCUCACAAACUCCCUGAAAAGAUCCAGGAAGACACCCCAGAUUUCUCUCAGCCUGAAUCAACUGGCCGCUCUUCUACUGUGGUUAGUAGUAAAACUCGGGGAGGACAGGGAGGUCAUGUGACCAAGAGGACUUCAUGAGGUAAAGGCUAAAAAGAGGUACCCAGGCAGAGGUAAGUCUGAAACUCAGGAAUUGAGGGUUGAAAGCGGGUGCAUGCUUGUUAAGAGAUGUCACCUGCCACUGAAAUCUGACCUUGGGACUCUGAGUGAGAGAAUGCAGAUCUCAGCCCACUCUGUCAACCUGAGAUUGGCACAACAUUAUCCACAUGUAAUACUUGGUCCGUGACAAUGAUGCCUUUACGGGCAACCAGCACUUUGGUACAAAGUCUCUAGGGAAGCCCAGCGCAAGGGAUAGUAUACCCUCUCUUUACCUAUGGAAAGCUGUGGGCCAAGGCUUUCUAAUAAAUACUGGGGCUACAUAUUCAUUGCUCAAUUCUUCACUCUGCCCUCUGACUAAACAAUCUGGUUCUGUAUUAGGAGUGACAGGACAGCUGGAACACAAAUUCUUUCUUCAACAUCUUACAUGCUAGAUUGGAGAAAAAGAGUUGAUUCAUCAGUUCCUUCCAAUGCCUGAUUUCCUUGUCUAUUGUUGGGGAGAGACUUAUUGUCUAAAUUAAAUACUCAGGAUUACUGACUCUUUAGAAAACAAUAGCCUUCCCAUGAAGGUACUCCAUGAACACACCUGGUAGGUGUUACUCUAGUGUCUGGAAAAUGAGGACAAAUGGCCAGAAGAAAUCAACAUCCAGGUAAACUUCUCUAUCUGGGAAGAGCUUCCCCCUUGGAAACCUCAGGACCACCACAUUAGAGAUUCACUUAAUACCAAAAAUGUUUGCACCUUCU